AUGGCGCGUCUCGGCCGCGUCGGGUUCUUGGCCCUCGCAGUGGUCUUCCACUUGAUCUAUACAUACUCGAUCUUCGAUAUUUACUUCGUCAGUCCAAUUGUGAGUGGCAUGCGAUCAUAUGGGGUUGAAAGAUCAUCAGCAGCCCCCGCACCAGCCAAACGUCUCGUUCUUUUUGUUGCCGACGGCCUACGGGCAGACAAGGCCUUCCAAGCGUUCCGCGACCCAUCCCCCGAUGCCGAUCCAGAAAACGACGAAUUGAUUCGACUAUCGCCAUUUAUCCGCUCGAAAGUCCUUUCCCAUGGAACAUUUGGUGUCUCGCACACCCGUGUUCCCACCGAGUCUCGACCAGGCCAUGUUGCGCUUAUCGCAGGUCUCUAUGAAGAUGUGUCCUCCGUCACCACAGGGUGGAAAAUGAACCCAGUGAAUUUCGAUAGUGUGUUCAACCAAAGCCGACACACAUGGAGCUGGGGGAGUCCCGAUAUUCUACCAAUGUUCAAGGAGGGUGCCGUGCCAGGGAGGGUCGACGCAGAAAUGUACAGUGAAGAACUGGAGGAUUUCACCGUGGAUGCGACACAUUUGGACACUUGGGUCUUUUCUAAAGUCCAGAGCCUCUUUGAGUCGGCAAAGAAGGACCCAGAAUUGGACCGGAAAUUGCGGGAUGACAAGUUGGUGUUCUUUCUCCACCUGCUUGGCUUGGAUACCACUGGCCACGCUUUCCGACCUUACUCGAACGAAUACCUACACAACAUCCAGGUGGUGGAUCGGGGAGUUCAAGCAGUCACAAAGUUGAUGGACGACUUUUACGGUGAUGACAAAACGGCGUUUGUUUUCACCGCAGACCAUGGCAUGAGUGACACAGGCAGCCAUGGUGAUGGUCAUCCUGACAACACCCGGACACCCUUGGUUGUUUGGGGUUCUGGUGUUGCGCGACCCCAGCUCUCAGCUAGCGGCAUUGCUGAAGGGCAUGAGGAUGGAUUCUCGGCCGAUUGGGGAUUCGACCAGGUCCGCCGACACGAUGUGGCACAGGCCGAUGUUGCCGCACUUAUGGCCUACCUAGUCGGUCUUGACUUCCCUGUCAACUCAGUUGGCAAAUUGCCGCUAGACUAUAUCAAUGCAAACCCCAAAGAGAAGGCGCUGGCCGCUCUCGCCAACACUCAGGGGGUCUUAGAAAUGUACCGCGUCAAAGAAGAGCAAAAGAGGCACGCAGUGAUCAGGUAUGUGCCUUACGAACCUCUAUCGGGCUAUCACGAGAACUCGAUUGAAGGCAGACUGGCAAGCAUACAGGCACUCAUAUCCAGUGGAGACCACGCUGAGGCAAUUGUGGUGUCUGCGGAGCUUCUUCGUGUUGCCCUUGAAGGCCUGCGCUACCUACAAACAUAUGACUGGGUAUUCUUGCGGACCAUCGUCUCUGUUGGAUACUUGGGCUGGAUCGCGUAUGCGCUGACCACGGUGAUUGAUCUUCAUGUCUUGCAUGGAACGUCAGACACUCAUCGGACGACCGCGAGCAUCUCAUUCUUCUCAUCCAUUCUAGUGGCCUUAUUUUCGGUUUUCCUCUACCAAGGCUCAUCAUGGCGCUACUACUUCUACGUAUCUUUCCCCGUUUAUUUCUGGGAGGAGGUAUUCGCGCGCCGCAAGGCUCUGAUUGCGGGUCGCGGGAUCAUACUGGGCCAUGUGCGCUCUUUCACUGGAUACCUCAAGUUUGGACUCCAGCUACUCGCAUUCCUCGGUGUGAUGGAAGCAAUGGUCCAAUCCUAUUUCCACCGGGAAAUUUUCACUGUUUGCUUUGCCCUGGGUGCAUUGUGGCCUGUGGUACAUGGAUUCAGCUUCAUUCGCAAGCAUGCGUUCCUGUCUGUGACUUGGGCCCUUGGCUGUGGAUUGAUGAGUUUGUUCACUCUUCUGCCAGUAAUCAAGGUUGAAAACAUUGAUACCAUUACCUAUGGCGGCUUGCUUAUGUUCCUUACUGGCAUCUUGUAUUUGCUGUUCGAAGAUGCCAUCAUUGGAUCUCGUGAGCCGGCAUUGAAAGAACCAAGUGCUCUUGGCCGUGUUGGCUCACGAGUCAUCAUGGGAAUUCAACUUGGCAUGGUCAUGCUUGCUGUGAUCGUCACUCGGUCCUCUGUGCUCUCUCUCCAGGCCCGCCAAGGCCUACCUUUUGGGAACCUCGUAGUUGGGUGGGUUGUCCUAGUGACUUCUUUGGUUCUACCAUUCUUCCACCGUUUGUAUCCGAACAGCCACUAUUUGCACCGGCUUAUGAUCAUCUUCUUGACCUUCUCCCCAACCUUUAUCAUCCUCACAAUCUCGUGGGAGGGGCUGUUCUAUUUUGUGUUCUGCAUGACCAUUAUGACCUGGGUUCGCCUGGAACAUGCGAUCUACGUCUAUACGACAGGCACUAUAACAAAACCUAAGAGUACUAGCGUGACGAUCAUCGACGGUGAAAGAUUCUACUACCGGGCGCUUACUCUCUCCGAUGUUCGCGUGGCACUCUUCUUCUUUUUUCUCCUGCAGUCAGCUUUCUUCAGCACUGGCAACGUCGCCUCGAUCUCGACCUUCUCUCUCGACAGCGUUCGUCGCCUUAUCCCCGUCUUUGACCCCUUCGCCCAGGGCGCCCUUUUGAUUCUCCAAAUCCUCAUCCCCUUUGCUAUCAUCAGCGCUAAUCUGGGCAUCCUCAACCGCCGCUUGGAGGUACCUCCGAGUGCGCUCUUCAUGGUUGUCAUGGCGAUCUCGGACAUCAUGACGCUCAACUUCUUCUUUAUGGUGCGUGAUGAAGGUUCAUGGCUCGAUAUCGGUAUGACCAUCAGCCACUUCUGCAUUGCGAGUGCGCUCUGUACUUUUGUGGCCGGCCUGGAGUUCCUCAGCGAACAAUUUGUCAGCGGCGUGGAUUUCAGCCCCAUGGCGGCCGUAGUCCAGACCGUCGAAGCCACCGCCCGUGGCGAGGGCAAGGAGUCGAAGAAGACGUCCGAUACCAAGUCUAAGGCGAAGUCCAAGUCCAAAGGCAAGGGCAAGGGCAAAGCAAAGAAUGGAUCGUCAUAG